GCUAAAUAAAAUUAGUGUCAAUUUUAACAGAAUAUCGUAUUAAGCCUAAUAAAAAUAAAAAUCUGUUGAAAAAUUCACAUAAAUAUUGAGCGACAAAACCAAUUCAGCCUGAGCCAAUUUGGCCAACUCUGGGAUAGAGAUUUGGGGGCUAGAGCUGUCGUUUACUCUGAAGCUCGAAUUGGAAAUCAGGAGAGAGAUGAAAGGGGGAGAUGAAGAAAGGGGUUUGGUAUGGAAGCUACCGAUAGUUAAGUCGAAGCAAUUGGGGAAGAUUGGACCUGCUUUUGGACUUGGCAUUGGCUGUGGUUUUGGUCUCGGAAUCGGCCUUAUCGGAGGCACUGGCUUUGGUCCUGGACUUCCUGGCUUGCAACUGGGUUUUGGGUUAGGUGCUGGCUGUGGAAUUGGUCUUGGUUUUGGCUACGCUGUUGGAAGAGGUUUUGCUUAUGAUGACACCCGUAGAUACUCUAAUGUCGGCAAGCUUUUCCAUGGGCCUGCCAAUUUGCCUAAUCGGAAUGAGGUAGGCGAACUCCUUGAUGAGCUUGUUGUGAACACCAAAAAGCUAAUCAAAGCGACUACACAAGAAUUAGACAAGUGGAGAAGGUCCUAAUUAUGUCGUUCCCUUGUGUACACAGAUUAUUCCUUGUAAUAAUCCUGCUAUAUUAUUAGGUAAGCUCAGCUCUUUGGUCUUAUCGAUAAGAUUAGCUAGCUUUUAGGCGAAGGUUCACGAUAGGUUCUCCUUGUAUUGUGAAAACAAAGGUUUUGAAAGUCUCCACUUAAUAUUCGAGCAACGGUGUUCCGCUCAAAA